CCAAAAAUUACAUGCCAAUCAUACCAUGAUUAAAGAAUGGACGAAAAAGGAAAAAUGUCAUCAACUACUCCAAAUACUUUAGCUUCUUCAACCUCUUGUCUUCUGUGAUGCAUAAUCUGAAAAUCUCUUUCAGGGAUAAUAAUCCAAAAACUAAGAAACAAACCGACAAAUUGAGAAGAUAGAUAGGUCAUACUUAUUUGGAGGAAAAACUGCACAAUUUACUCAAAUGGAGAGGCUUAUCUAUACCAACUCACUUCCCUCUAAACUCCAUCUAAAGACCUUUCCUCGUCUCCCUAAACUCCACUUCUCCUCCCUUCUCCAUGUCGAGUCUCGUAGACCCAAUUCGCUUUCCUGCAAGUGUCUUCACCAGUUUUCAUCUUCUGGGUCGAUCGCAUCUUCCAGAUUUGGUGAUGGGCAUGCGGGUAAUUCGUCGGCAUCUAAGCAUUUGCAAGAUGGGUCGGGUUCGAAGCCCCAUUUGCUCAAUUGGGUUGCUGAAAUUCUAUCUCAACAACGCAAGGUGGUUUCGACCAGUACAGUAGUCUUACUCUCAGCCAUGCUUGUUAUGCUCCUCCACCCAGUCAUUGUUUCACCUGCUUUUGCUAGUUUCCAAACUGCAGCUAAGACAGGGGGUCCAGCUGCAGCAGCAGUGGGGACUCAACUUGUACGUAAUGAACUACUAACAAGUGCAUGGGCUGGUUUCUUUGCUGGUUGCCUUCACACCCUUUCAGGUCCUGACCAUCUUGCUGCUUUGGCUCCUCUGUCAAUAGGCCGUACACCAAUGGAGAGUGCGGCAGUAGGAGCCCUCUGGGGCUGUGGCCAUGAUGCUGGACAGUUGAUUUUUGGGCUGUUGUUUCUUCUCUUAAAGGACAGACUCCACAUUGAAGUUAUUCGUACAUGGGGGACAAGAGUAGUUGGAUUCACUCUUCUUGUCAUCGGAGCAAUGGGAAUCAAGGAAGCAUCUGAAGUUGCUACACCGUGUGUUGCCCUUGAAAAUGGUGACUGUGAUGUUAGUGUGUACGAAGGCAUUGACACCCCUUUCAUUGGGAAGAAGAAAAAGAUAGGCUUUGCAACUUUUGCUACUGGCAUUGUCCAUGGGCUGCAACCGGAUGCACUGAUGAUGAUCUUGCCUGCACUUGCUUUGCCUUCUCGCGUGGCUGGCGCCGCCUUCUUGGGUAUGUUCUUGGUUGGUACUGUUAUUGCAAUGGGAAGCUAUACCGUCUUUAUUGGCUCGUGUAGUCAGGCACUGAAAGAUAGAGUUCCUAGAAUAACAGAGAAGCUCACUUGGGCUUCUUCGCUGAUAGCAAUUGGCUUAGGAAUUGCUAUUAUCGUCAGUCAGUUUUUUGGUUUUAGCCUAUAUUAGGUCUGAUCCGGCGAUUAAAAUAGUUUACGUUCCGUGUUAGGGGAUGUCAUUUUGAUGAGAGGAUAUAUGUUUUGAUUGAAGAGAAAGCUUGUAGUAUUUUGGUGGACUGUAACUUUUGAUUUUAUAUACUAGUAUUUGAAGAUUAUCUCCCACUUGUUUGAGUAAAGAUAUGAGUUUUGUUGCUUAA